AUGUCAACGCCGCGUAGAAGGAUCGAAACUGAUGUAAUGAAGCUCCUCAUGAGUGACUAUGAGGUUACUCUUGUCAAUGAUAACAUGCAGGAAUUUUACGUUCGGUUUCACGGACCUGAAGAUACACCUUUUUCUGGUGGUGUAUGGAAAGUCCACGUUGAACUACCUGAUCAAUAUCCAUUCAAAUCACCGUCGAUUGGGUUUAUGAAUAAAAUUUUUCAUCCCAAUAUCGACGAACUAAGUGGAUCUGUUUGUCUUGACGUAAUCAAUCAAACAUGGAGUCCAAUGUUCGAUAUGAUCAACAUUUUCGAAGUUUUCCUUCCUCAACUUUUGAGAUAUCCAAAUCCUACAGAUCCUCUCAAUGGUGAAGCUGCCGCCCUGCUAAUGAGGGAGCCACACACAUACGAAGUCAAAGUAAAAGAAUAUGUUAGCAGAUUUGCUACAAAAGAAGCAGCAGAUGCUGCGACAGACGAAAGUUCUUCUAGUGAUGAAGUAAGUUCUGUAGAUACAUAUUCAGAUGAUGAUGAAAGCCCAGACAUGGAUAUAUAA